AUGACUUUACUCACAAGCCCUUCAGAAGAAGACGAUCCCAAGAAUUUGAGAGUUAAAAAUCCAGGAUUAUAUGCGAAAUUACAAAAAUUUAGACAACAACAACAACAACAAAAUUUUGUUAGUACGAGUCAUAAAAAUCAAGCAUCUGAUCAACUUCACAUAAAUGAUAACGACAAAGUUACUAAUAUUAGUCAAAAUUCAUCAAUGAGUAAUCAAUCGAAGAUUAACAGAGUCAAGUUUGCUCCAAAUUUAAAAACCCCGGUCCCAACUUCUUCGUCACCACACAUCAACACUAGCAUUUUAAGUCAAUCAUCAGAAAUUACUGAAAAAGAAUGGAAGUAUAAAACGGAAAUAGAAAAUUUGGAAAGAAAUAACAAAGAAUUAAUGAAUGCAAUACAAAAAUUUCGUGAAGAAAAAGCAGAAAUGAUUGAAGAAUUUCAAGAGAAGGAAGAACAAACAUAUCAUGAUCAUGCAAUGAAAAUCCAACGUCUAAACAAAGAUCAUGACUAUCAGUUAAAGAAAUUGAAACAAAAACUUGAAGAAGUUGAAGCAAGACCAAAAUCAAGUGAUUUUCAACGCGUUCUUGAUGACUUAGAUCUACUUAAAAAGGAAUUGAGAAGAAAGAAUAGCGAUUUAGAUUUCGUCAGAAAAGAGCUCAAUUACACCAAGAAUGAACUUGAUGCAUCAAAUGCAGACAAGAGAUCUUUGGCGAAUGACUUAUAUUCUAAAAAUAAAGAAUUGAAUGAAGUGAAACAAUCGCUGAACACUAAUAAAGAUGUUGACACUGAAGACGUAUCUAGUAAAACACAAUUUGAAGAGAAAACAUCUAGUAGUUUAGAUAUCAGUCAAUAUUGUGAAAAUUUGAUUAAAGAAACUGAAAAGGAAAAAUUGAAUUACGACAAUGAUUUUAAAUUUCUAGAAGAACGUAAAAAGCUUUUGACCGAGAGUAUGGGAGAUGGGUUAAAUGAUAAUGAAGAGAAUUGA